UACUAAAAACAUAACCUCAAAUCUGGACUAUUAUGUCAAAUUGGGCUUAUCUAUAUAUAUACCUAUGGUGAAUUCUAAUGCAAAUAAUUUUUGCAAUAAAUAAAUUCAUAUCUUACUUAAAGUUUGAUAUAAAAAUGAGUAAGUGUGUUAAUGAGAAAACUUAAAGUAUUGUACAAACAAAAAAAUGAACGUUAACCUAAUAAGAAAAAUUGUAAGAACAAGACCUACAAAUAUAUUCUUUCUGAGAUGGAAUAGCUCAGAGAAAAAAAUAGCUACAUACGAUCCCUUUUACGCCAAACCAAAGAAGACAAAAGAAACUUACCUAGAGGUUAUUACUAUUUUCGAAAACCAAGACACAAGGCGGCGGGGACACGUAGAGUUUAUUUACGCUGCUCUAAGUAGAAUGAAGGAAUUCGGCGUUCAAAAGGACUUGGAAGUUUAUAAAGCCCUGGUCGAUGUUCUGCCUAAAGGGAAAUUUAUACCUACUAACAUAUUUCAGGCAGAAUUUAUGCAUUAUCCAAAACAACAACAAUGUGCUGUGGACUUGUUGGAACAGAUGGAGGAUAACGGUGUAAUACCAGACUCAGAAUUGGAGCAGAUGUUAUUAAACAUAUUUGGUCGAAGAGGAAUACCAUUGCGUAAGUUCUGGCGCAUGAUGUACUGGAUGCCGAAGUUCAAAAACCUUAGUCCAUGGCACCUGCCUGAGCAGCUUCCUGGUGAUACAUUAGAACUGGCUAGACUUGCUAUACAAAGGAUAACAUCAGUGGACCCAAAUACAAAGAUAAAUACUUGGCAGACAGAAGAAAUUGAAGCCUCACUGGAUAAAACAUGGAUUAUAAGUGCACAAAGUAUAACACAGCAAAUACUCUUGGCAGAACAGCCACCAACUGAACCGUUGGUUAUAAAAGGCCCAUUUGAUGUGUAUCUGAGAGACCAUGUUGUCACAUACUUUUUAUUGUUAGGAAAAAUUCGUCCGGAUUAUAAAGAUGAAUCAGAUACAGAUGAUGUUUCAGAUAUGCCAAGGCCACCAGGAAUACCGGGUGUAAUAGGAAAAGUGACACUACCCCAAGUCAAAAGUACAAUACAUGAACAAGAUGAUGGUACAAUAGUAGCUGUCUGUGCUACAGGGACAUCAUCCAGAGAUUCUCUGCUAUCUUGGAUAAGGUUACUAGAAAAAAAUAAUAAUCCACUUUUAUCAAGUAUACCAGUUAUAUUUACGCUUGUGGCGCCGCCUAGUGAUGUAUCUUUGUAUGAAACUCAACCUGCCACACAGAAUGACAAAAUUGAAUUUAAGGAAUGAAACACACUAUUAGUAAAAUAAUUCUACAGAAGAACAAUAUUAAUUUCAAUGGUUUUCUAGUUAAUGCUUACGAAAUGACUAGCUAGCUAGCCCUUAGAGCUAUCUAAUAUAUUAUAAAAAAAAACUGUGGUUACUUUUCAAGAGAUCUAUUAAUAAAAAUGUUUCUGUUAAAAUUAUUUUAUUUACAUUUUUACACUUUAUGUAUUAUACUAAAAUUAUGUGUACAACAUAAUUUUAUUUAAAUUACACAUGUGGUCACCACAAACAUAAUAUAUGUCUAACUGUGUUUCCAAAUGGAUACAGUGUAGCUGUUUGGUGGUA